AUGAUGGUAUUUCAGAAAGUCAAAAGAAAGCGUAUAGGAGUUUUAAAUUCCAAUGGAAUAUAAAACAAACGCUAAAGCCUGCCUACUGAGGAAAAAGAAAAAAAAAAGUGCUUCCAAUUUCACGCACCUGCUUCAGUGUUCUUUGAUAUAAUUUCUUUCAUUUUUCUCGUUAUGGAUCGAGCAAGUGGAUCAUUUUCCUCACAUAGAUGGAGGUUUGAUGUAUUCUUAAGUUUUCGAGGGGAAGAUACUCGUUUCAACUUCACAAGUCAUCUUUAUACGGCUUUACGUCAAAGAGGAAUCAAUGUUUUCAUAGACGAUAGCGAGCUCACGAGAGGUGAAAAUUUCCCCUCAUCUCUUUUGAGAGCUAUUGAAGAAUCAAAGAUCUCGGUUGUUAUAAUAUCUGAAAAUUAUGCAACUUCGAGUUGGUGUUUGAAUGAACUGGUGUACCUUAUUAUGUGUAAGAAAUUGAGAGGACAAGUUGUUUUACCGAUUUUUUACAAAGUGAAUCCAUCUCAAGUACGGACACAAAAUGGAGCAUUUGGAGAAGCAUUUGCUAAACUUGAAGUUAGAUUCUUUGACAAGAUGCAAGCAUGGAGAGAGGCUUUGACUACUGUUUCCUUUAUGUCUGGAUGGGUGCUUCUUCAAAACGAUGAUGAGGCUAGAUUGAUACAAAUAAUUGUUCGACAUGUCUGGAAGAAAUUAACUUGUUCAACGGUGCAGUUGUCUGUAACUAAAUAUCCCGUUGGAAUUGAUAGACAAGUUAAGGAUUUGCUCUCGCAUGUCAUAAUUGAUGAAACUAGAAUGGUUGGAUUGUAUGGAAUUGGAGGUAUGGGCAAGACAACUUUGGCCAAAGCAUUAUACAAUCGGGUUGCUGAUAAAUUUGAAGGCUGUUGCUUUUUAGCAAAUAUUAGAGAAGCUUCAAAGCAACACGAUGGCCUUGUUCGACUCCAAGAGAAACUACUUUAUGAUAUUUUAAUGUAUGACUUUGUUAGAGUUGGUGAUGUUUAUAAAGGAAUCAACAUCAUAAGGAAUCGACUAUACUCCAUAAGGAUUCUCUUGAUUCUUGAUGAUAUAGAUACAAGUGAACAACUACAGGUAUUAGCUGGAGGAUACGAUUGGUUUGGACAUGGAAGUAAGGUCAUUGUGACAACAAGAAAUGAACAGUUACUUGAUAUUCAUGGAUUUUAUAAAUUGAAAGAAGUUCCUCAAUUGCAUUUUGGUGAAGCUCUUGAGCUUUUUAGCUGGCAUGCGUUUCACAAUAGUUGUCCACCAAGCGAAUAUUCAACACUUCCAGAGGAUGCUGUAAAUUAUUGUAAAAAUCUUCCCUUGGCGCUUGAAGUUUUAGGUUCAUUCCUUUAUUCUACUGAUCAAUCCAAAUUUAAAGGUAUAUUGGAGGAAUUUGCAAACUCCAACCUUAACAAAGACAUCCAAAAGCUUCUUCAAGUAAGUUACGAUGAGCUUGAAGGUGAUGUACAAGAAAUGUUCUUGUUUAUUUCUUGUUUCUUUGUGGGAGAAGAUAAAACCAUGGUUGAAAUGAUGUUGAAGAGUUGCGGUUGUUUAUGUUGGGAAAAUGGAAUUAAGAAACUCAUGAAUCUAUCCCUUCUUACUAUUAACAGAAUAAAUAAGGUACAAAUGCAUGACUUGAUAAAACAAAUGGGUCACACAAUUGCUCGUUCAAGGACUUUUAUAUCUCAUUCAGAAAAAAAAAUAAUGGUUGAAGAUGAAGCUAUGCAUGUCUUAGAUGGCAUUAACGAAGCAAGAGCAGUUAAAGCCAUAAAAAUGGAAUUUCCUAACCCGACAGAGUUGGACAUUAUUGAUUCAAAUGCUUUUAGUAAAGUAAAGAACCUCGCAGUACUCAAAGUUAAGAAUGUCACAUUUUCAAAAAUUAGUACUCUUGAUUCUCUACCUAAUAGUUUAAGGUGGAUGAGUUGGUCUGGAUUUCCUUUUUCAUCGUUUCCUUCAAGCUACUCAAUGGAGAAUAUUAUUCAACUCAAAUUGCCACAUAGCUCCAUUAAACGUUUUGAAAAAGAAGCAUUUACGCAUUGCAAAUGGUUGAAGGAACUUGAUCUUAGCAACUCCAUCUUUUUGGAGGAAAUUCCUGAUUUAUCUGCGGCGACAAAUCUCGAAAAAUUGUCUCUUUCUGGGUGUGAGAAUUUAGUAAAGGUUCAUAAAUCAGUUGGAUCUCUCGGUAAACUUGUUGAUUUGUGUAUUUCAAGCCAUGUUUAUGGUUUUGAGCAGUUUCCAUCACCGCUAAAGUUGAAAUCCCUUAAAAGAUUUUCAACUUAUCAUUGUACAAUAGUUCGAGGGUAUCCACAAUUCAGUAAAGAAAUGGAGUCUAGUCUAGAACAUUUGUGGUUUUAUAGAAGUUCUAUAACAGAGCUAUCUUCAACAAUUAGAUAUCUUACCAGCCUCAAAAUUUUGUCCAUCACAGAUUGCAAAGAGCUUACAACUCUUCCAAGUACAAUUUAUGACUUAAGCAAACUUACAUCCAUAGAAGUCUCACAAUCCGAUCUUUCAACAUUUCCUUUCUCAUAUUCUUGCCCUUCCUCACUUCUCCACCUAACAAGAUUAGACCUUUAUGAGAACAAGAUAACCAAUUUAGAUUUUUUAGAAACGAUCGCUCAUGCUGCUCCAUCACUGAGAGAGUUGAACUUGUCUAACAACAACUUUUCUAUACUACCCUCAUGCAUUGUUAAUUUUAAAUCCUUGAGAUUUCUUGAAACAAUUGAUUGUAAGUUGCUGAAAAAAAUUCCAAAGAUUCCAGAAGGCUUAAUUUAUUUGGAUGCUCAAGGGUGCAUAUCAUUGGCCAAAUUUCCUGACAACUUAGCUGAUUUCAUAUCAUGUGAUUCGGAACAUGUAGAUGGACAAUUCAAACAACUUAUAUUAAUGAAUUGUGAUAUUCCAGAUUGGUUCAGUUACAAGAGUAGGAACAAUCCAAUAACGCUUUUGGUGCCAUCCAAUGAUCCAAGUUCGGAAUUGAAGGUUUUUGCUGCUUGUGUCAAAUUUCAAGUUAAUCAUGUUGACCAGGAUCAAUAUAUGGAUCUUGAAUGUAAAGUGUUCAUAAACGACAUUCAAGUAUGGAGUUAUGAAGAAGUACCCUUUCACGACGAAUCGAGAAGUAUAUUGAUAAAAGCAUCACCACAUGAGUAUAUGUGGUUACUAGUACUAUAUCCACAUAUAAAUUUCCGACUAAAUUCGGAUGAUAUUAUCAAUAGAUCACAGGAGAUCAAUCUACAUCAGCCAAGUUUUGGGAUCAAUUCCAUUGGAAGGGACAAUAAUAACUGUAAUGUAGAUGAUGAUUAUCGGAGGAAUCAUAUUGGGGAGAGUAUUUGGAGGAAAUUUACGGUGUCGUUUGGUGUUACUUCCAAAUUUAAAGACUCCGAAUUAAGUAUAAAAACAUGUGGUGUUCAUGUCAUCAUGGAGGAAUGGUGUGACUGAGGUAGCCUUUUUACUGUUGCCUGUAAAGGACCAAUCAAAUGAAAUUUAUACUAUGAUGCUCAUUACUCUACCUA